GAAUUGCUCUAUUCACAACAUUCGCCUACCUUUCACAAGAGUCAUGGAAAGAGAUACAUUUGCCCUAGAUGCAACCAAGAGAUUCACUCGCACGACAGGACGGAACACGACGACUGGCACUUCGCGCAAGAUCUGGAUACUCAGGAUAACGGCGCCACGACCGCGACUCUGGUUCAGACGCCGCCCGCAAUGCCCGACAGGAAGAGCAGCAGCACAUCGCCGACCAAAGCAAAACUGCGACCAGUCGACAGUCACCGUCAAACCACACCAACAAAUGGACAUGCGACCAAANAGCGACGCCAUGUGCCUCAUGUCAAUGCUGUGGACAAGGCCGCGGAAUUGCGCGCCCAGACCGAGGUACGCAUUCACUGGAAGCCCAUUGAUCUUUGUGUAACAUGCAAACUUGUGCUUGAUGCUGACUUCUGUUUGUCAGNNCGAGAAAUGCAAAACGCCCUACAAGACGUGCAAAUGCGGUAUCGUAUCUACAACAGCGAAAUCGAACCCGAACACGACAGCGAUUAUCCCUGUUCCUGUCCAAUCCACCAAUACCAACGCAUGAAGCGUGGUCGUCGACAUGUAUUGACGCAAUGGUCGGAAGCAGUCAUGUAUCCUGGCGAAAAGGUUUAUCACGACUUGGCACCACAAACCACACUGUUUAGUGGCAAUCCGUAUCAACUUCGCAUUACCUCGCCUUAUGGCUAUGGAGGUUCGAAUUGGGUCCAGUCGCAUCCUCGCCCUGGUUACCAUGUCAAAUUCAUUCAUCAGACAAUCUCGCUCAACAACCAGUUAAAUCGUGAAGCUCAGGCUAAGGUUGAUGCGAUGGAGCCCAAGCACAGCAUCUGGGAUGACAAGACCUUGGAAAGCGUAAUGUCGAAUUUGUCGGUUGCGCCCGAAAAAGGCACGCCAUCUACUCCCGAGGUCGAUGCCAAAAGCUAUCCAGCUGAGAAAGCAUCUGGUUCCAAGCUCACGUCACGACCCAACGGGCAAUCUGAGCGCAGCAGCUCGUCCAGAUUCGCAGCGUUCAGAAAAGCUGUGGGGAUUAAGUCAUCAGAUGAGAGAGCAACAGCAAAAUCGGAGAAGGCGAUCGGCCAGGGCAUUAGCCUACGGCACAGUAUCCUUGCGGAAGAAGCAGGCCGAUGGCCAGAUGACGAGACUCGAGAAAUCGUUGCGCAGUAUCAGGACAAGGUCGGUAUGGAGAGAAAGAUUGCACAUCUGCGCACACAUCAACCUCUGCAAUAUCUCCAUCUGUUGCGAGCAGGAUAUUUUGAACCCAUACCUGUCGCAUGGGCCGAUCAAGCUAGCAGUAUACUCACAUUCAACAUCGAGGCUGCUGGAGGCUGGCGGGGCAUCACGCCACAAUGGCGAGGAUAUGAAGAUACAGCUGAGGAACGGUUGUACUGGGUGCUGAACCACAGAGAGGGACCAUCGAAUGUCGUACGAAUGAAACCAGACUUCAUCUCCGAGAUGAAUAUGGCUCGAGAUCGCAUGUCGAAGGCUGUGGAACCGCCGCCAGAUUACUACUCCGCUGAUGACACUUGCCAUCUACAGCAUACGUCGAAGGGAUACUCGAAGCAAGUGAUGCCAAGCCCAUUCAGAUCGAGUGAUAGGCCAGAGGUGCCGACAGAUGACACUAUGAUACUUUUGGAUAUCUCGGGAUCAAUGGACUUUGACCCGAUCCGACCAGUUUACGAUCAAUACCUCAUCACUGGAUAUGCUCCGUCGACUCAGCCAAAGAACAAAGGUAUCAGAUCCAAUCACGAACCUCGAGUGACUCUGAAGAUACUGAUCUUGGCCCAACAGNAUGUCGCAAAAGCCAUUAUCCGACGCUUCAUCGACGCAAUGGCAAACCACGAUCACGAAUUCAACGGCUACGACCUCGUCACCUUCUCCAGUCACGCCAAAUUCGUCGGCACGAUAAGUCAUACCAACCUCGAUAAGACCUGGAACAGAAUCGCCAUAGGCGGCGGCACUCGCGUCAUGACCGGCUGGCAANAAGUCAAGCAGCGCCAUUUCGAAAAACACUCCGAGUCGGCGACAUACCACCCCGUGUAUGGCUGGCAAGCAGGACCACAAACACCCAUGUUACGCCUCCUUCUUCUACUCGAUGGCGAAGCAACCGAUAUGGAUGAAUUCGAACUCGAGCUGUUAGGCCUGUCCUGGGCGCAUGUAACGAUCUUCUUGAUUGGAGUUGAUGGAUGCCCGCAUCACCAUCGUCAUGCGAAUGAGUUGCAGAGAAUUAGUGAUGUGAACCAUCACGUUUCGUUUGUGGAUGCGCAGGGAAAUACUCCAGAGAGGUUUGUGACGCAUGAGUUGUUGAAGAGGCAUUUGGGGUACGAUGUUUCGAUGCAGGAGUUCCGUGAGCUUGAAGAGCUGCCUCCGUAUGUAGAGUGA